AUGUCCGCGCUGGUCAUGAACGCGCCGCCCGCGCGGAAACCGGUGCCAGGCCGACCCCAGCCUGCUCCCGCGCCUGCUUCCUUCACGAUGCAACCCAAGCAGCCGCCUGCGCAGUACGGCCAGCACGACCGACUGCAUGGUCGGACACGUACCAACUCGUCCAACGCAAUCCCCUUCAACGACAACACCACCUCGCCGAACAACAUCUCGCCCGCGUACAGCAUGACCCAGCAGCAGCAGCAACAGCAGCAACAGCAGCAACAGCCGCCAUUCUCCGGUCAGCAAACCCGCCGAACGCUCUCCAAUGCAACCUCGUCCACAUCCUCGACCAACACGAACGCCAACCCCAACGCCGGCCUCCAGCGGGUCCCUACCAACUCCGGGUACAGCACGACCAGCGGAGUCAGACGCUCGACUUCAUCGCGGAGCAACUCCUCCGUCUCGCCCACAUCCUACGUAGCGUUGAUGCGUAAGCAAAAGGGCACUGUCUGGUGUGACAGAGCGCAACACGAAGACCCUCGAAUCCUGGCUGCACAAAGACAAGCAAAGAUGCGGGCAGCCGCGGAAGUAGCAGGAGGACACAGCUAUGCGUCGAUACGGACGAGCACUAGCAGUACAGGCGUAGUCGGUGGAGUAAGAAGCAAGAUCAGACACCAUGGCGCUCCCAAGGCGAGUGCUUACAACGCUACGGUCAUCAGCGGUGCUGGUGUGCCUAUGAGGCUGAGUGCUUCCGAGGUGGAUGACGGCAAUGACAGUGAUGAGGAUACUGGAGCUCGGCACCACGCCAGGAAUGGCAGCGGUAGGAGUAGUUUGGGUAGCGGUCGACGAGGUCACAGCUACCAAGCCUCAAGUCUGAACCACGGUUACAGCAACGGCUCGACCCCACCAGCACACAGCCCAGUCGACAGUAUGGGCGAACUGAGGGAGGAAGAGACGCCAAUGCCGAAUCAACAAGAGCAGGAAAGCUACUUCAGUGGACAAGAAUACGAAGCUGGUGAUGAGGAGAAGUUUGGCAGUGUCGGCGGCCUCCCCAAACCACUCGGCCCAACAGCCGAAGAGAAAGCCCAACGUCAAUCAACCGCCGAAGAUCUCAAACGAAGAGGCAGCGUAGACGACCGGACGAUGACGAUGAGCAACGUACGGCUCUACGUGGCGAAUCCCGAUUUGAGUGACUGA